AGACUGUAGUAGACUGCAAGAACACAAGAACACGAGGCACGGCGGAGUGAGGAUUUAUUUGACAGCUACAUUUUAAACACACGAUCUGACUGGUCAACAGUGGGAUACUUCCUCCCGUCAUCUUUUCGAUUUGAGAGAUACAGAUGGAGGGAGUGCUGAUUUUAAAAUCUGCUUCUCCACCCAGCUGUUCUUCUCAAGACUCCUCUCCUCCUGUUUCACUGGAUGAUUCAAAUCUCCAAUCAUCUUCUCCUGCGCCUACCAUCAUGUGCGUUGCCACUGCACCACCACCUCCACCACCUCCUCCUCCUCCUCCACCACCACCACCACCACCUCCACCUCCUCUUCCCCCUCUUUCUGUCCUUUCUCCCUCUCCUUUUGGCUCUCGGAAUAGCCAGCGACGUUCCAUGAAGAAGCUGAACUGGGACACCAUCCCCAGCCAGCGUGUCCUGGGCAAAUUGAACGUGUGGACGUCUAAGCGGCCUCAGAGGGACCUUGUGCUGGAUAUUCGGAGCAUGGAGGAGUUGUUCAGUAGCGUAGACAAACGGGCCUCGCUACGCAAUUCAAGGUUCAUGGGUGUGAAGAACUGUGAUGGCGUGGACCUCUUCCCACAGGAGCCUCAGGUCACAAUCCUUGAUUCUAAAAAGAGUAUGAAUAUUGGGAUCUUCCUGAGACAAUUCAAGAGGCCAGUGACAGAAAUGGUGCAGGACAUUUGUCAAGGGAACUGGCUCGGAUUUGGAACAGGCAAACUAAAAGAGCUUUGUAAACUGCUGCCAGAGGAAAGUGAGAUGAAGCAGCUGCUGUCAUUCAGUGGGAACCUGUCUGUGUUACCUGAGGCUGACCAGUUCAUGGUGCAGCUGGUCAAAGUGCCGGGCUAUGAGGAACGCCUGAAAGGGAUGGUGCUGAGGGAAGAAUUCUUUCCUCUCAUGGAGGAGGUGAAGAACUCUGUUGCUGUCAUGACCAAAGGGGCUAAUGAGCUGUUGGAAUGCGAUGACCUCCACUCAGUCAUUCGGCUGGUAUUGAAAGCGGGGAAUUACAUGAACGCUGGUGGUUACAGUGCCAAUGCCAUUGGCUUCAGGAUGACCUCUCUCCUCAAGUUGGCAGACACCAAGGCCAACAAACCUGGCAUGAACCUCAUGCAUUAUGUUGCCAAGCAAGCAGAGGACAUCGAUGCAGAGUUGCUGUCUUUUCCCAACCAGCUUGAACACAUUGGGAUGGCAUCAAGGAUUUGUAAAGAGGAGGUCAUCACAGACUUUGAGAGAGAGGUCAAGAAGAUCAAGGAAGUGAAAUUGUACAGCAGCAGACACCCUGGCAUUUUGCAACAAAUGGAGACAUUUCUCAUGAGGGCUGAGGCCAAGCUGGCCGAUGUGGAGUCCUCUCUGCAGGAACUGAAGGCUCUGAGCAACGCUGUCGCUGAGUACUUCUGCGAAGACCCAGCUACUUUCAAACUCGAGGAGUGCUGCUCCAUCUUUCAUUCAUUUUGCAAGCGGUUUGACACAGCUGUACGGGAGAACCGAGAGCGAGAGGCAGCAGAGCAAAGGCACAAGCGGAAGGAAAGUGUGCGUAUUGCAGCCAAACGCCGCUCCACAGUGUCUUGCCAAGGACCUGAGCCAAAUCAGGACUCCUCCAGCUUGGAGUCGGCCUUACACAGCUUUCUCUCCACUGUUCCAGAGGGAUUGGCCAGAUGCAGGAAGAACUUGCUGCCCCCGAUCGAAGGAUCCCCAUCGGAGCACACUUCUCAGACAGGAAAAGCAAAUAAAGCUACGCCCCGUACUAGACAGGAGAAGCCUGGGAAGAAACAACCCAAACUGCAGAAAGAGGACGAGCAAAUGGGAAACAAAGAAGAAGCUCAGAAGAUGCGCGAGAUAACUCGGAAGGUGCUUCGCUACCAAAACAGCAAAGGCAGCCUCGACGGGGACAGAGUUUCAGGCACUCCUGGUCGGUCAGAAACGCCAGCUACCCCAAGCACCCCUCGUCCUAGAACCAGAGACUUCUUCUUUGCCAACAAUGGGGAUGUGGGCUCCCCAUGGACUAUCCUGAGCCCUUUGACUUGCUCCCAACGAAACCGCCCCCAGCCCAACAGACAAGCACUCCAACGCAGGCUAUCCUCAAGGUUCGGUGGAGAUGACCUUGAUGACGGAGUCUGGGAGAGUGGCGAAGUCAAUCCUCUCCCCAAUUCCUCCAGCCAGGAGUGCCUGACAUCUCCAUCUGGGGGUUCUGCGUCUCUCCCCGAGUGCCCCAGUCAGAGAGCUGUAUCUUGCGGUCCAAUCCUCAGGUCGGUUUCCAUGGAUGAAACCAGGCAGUCUCCAUCGUCCCUUUUCCGGCUGGGGGAAUUGUUCCAGAGGAGCAUCUCUCAAAGGUCGUACUCCUCUGGAUCAAGGACAGAAAAUAUGAGAGGAAAAGGAGCAGUGCUCGGCAGUAAGGGGGAGAAUCCUGUAGAGGGGAGCUCGUCCGGGUUCAUAUCCUUCUUCAGGCGCAUUGGAGGCAAAAGUAAGCCUGGUGACAUGGAAGAACAAAACUUCAAAGGAUCUAAUACUUGAUUAAAAUUUUAUUUAGAGACAGAGACCAAGCUUUGUCAUUUUUAUGUGUUUUAAAAUUUAAAAUUUGUUUGUCUUUUUUUACUGUUAUGGUUUUACCCUUCAGUGGAACCAAGGCAAAUGAGGACUUGCUUUGAACUGUGAAGGUUUUGAUUUUAUGGAAGUCAAACCAUGUUCAAAAAUCAUAACAUCUUUCUUUCUUUUUUGUCUUUUUGUGUGCAAUAAAGGUUGACAUUCUACCUUUUUAAUUUUACUUGUAUAUGGAUUAUGCACUCAACAGUAUUUAUUACUUACUGCUUUUCAGGUUGAAAUGUAUCCUUUUCCACCCUUUUCAUGAGAUCCUUGAAAGGCUUACUAGUCUUAAUGUCUCCUUAGCGA